ACGGUCACAGUCUGAAGUCCUUCAUUGUUGGCAUUGUUGUGCCUGAUGAAGCUGUCCUUUUGAAAUGGGCCUCAGAAAAUGGUUUUUCUAAAACAUUCCAGGAAUUAUGUGAAAACAAGGAUGUGAAAGACAUGAUUUUUAAAGAUAUCGUUGCCCGAGGGAAAGAGGCGAAGUUGGCAUCAUUUGAACAGGUCAAAAAUAUCCUCUUGCAUUCGGAGUUAUUUAGCAUUGAGAACGGCUUACUUACACCGACAUUUAAAUCGAAACGUUUCACGUUACAGAAGAGAUUCGCCGAAGAAAUUGAAAAAUUGUACAAGAAUCAAGAACAAACAAUUCGCCCCAAACUUUAAUUACAAACUUAACAAUAUUUUUAUAACUAGUAAAAACUGACUAGCUAUAGGAGAAAAAAAUCCGAAAAAAUAUUUUUAUAACUAGUAAAAACUGACUAGCUAUAAGAGAAAAAAGUCCGAACAUUUUACAUACAUGUAUCUUUUUUCUCAAAAUGCAUGCAAUACAAAUAGUCAUAAGUACAAAUAACUGUAUAAUAUUCCAGUUUAACCUACAUUGUUACAGUGCCCGAACUGCUUUCUCUCAGAUAAUGUUUCUAAAAUAUUAAUCACAACGGACAAUAGCGUUCAGUCAUGUUGAACCAAAGUUACUAAACAAAGCCUGAAACGUGCGCCGGUGCACAUACGUGGCACAUCAUAAUAUUGGAUGAUAUCAUGAUGAUGGCUAUUUUUUACGCUAUUUGCAAUUAUAAUCUUGUCGCGGGAUUUACAUUCUACAGUUAAUUCUGGACAUGAACCCUAUUACCGCGAGCAAGUCUUCCAGGAAUUAUAGUACAGCUUCGUAGAAAUGGACAUCGAAAAUCAGGGAAUCGAUGUACCGGGAAUUCCUGGUGCAAAGAGAAGUGCUUUCUCUGAAAAACUAUGUGAAACUUAUGAUGGGAUAACAACUGCUUAUGAAGCCUACUUAAAAGGAGCUGAAAAAUCUGGUGAUAGGCCCUGCUUGGGGAAACAAUUUAAUGGCUCCUACACAUGGAUGACUUAUAAUCAGGUUUUAGAGAGAGCUGCCGAUUUGGGGUCAGGAAUAUUAGAACUCGGUUACCAGCCUUCCGCAGAGACGUUCCUUGGCAUUUAUGCCGCAAACGGAGUUGAGUGGAUUCUGACAGACGUGGCAUGUCUGACCUACUCAUUGGUUUCUGUGCCCCUCUACGACACACUGGGUUCAGAUGCCUGCACCUUCAUCAUAAAUCAUUCCGACAUUUCACUGAUCGUGUGCGAUGAAAACAAAGUAUACGUAGAAGUUUUGUUAGCGAAAGCUGAACUGUGUCCGAAGUUGAAACACAUCAUUGCAAUUGGAGAUGUUAAGGAAGAAGUCGAACAGAAGGCUGGGAAACGUGGAAUUAUGGUGAAAUCGUUUAAAAAUGUCCUGGAGUUGGGACGAAAUAAUCGUCAAGAAAAAUCACCCGGUAAACCUGAUGAUAUUUUUACUGUUUGCUACACAAGUGGAACGACAGGUCAGCCAAAGGGGGCUAUGAUAACAAACAGGAAUGUAGCGACUGUAAUUGCCGCCAAUCGCAUACAUUUUGAGCGGAAUGGCCGCCCACUGGUUCCUAACGAUCUUCACAUCGCGUACUUACCUUUACCACACAUUUACGAACGGAUCGUACAGUUGAUAUUUCGCAGCUCCGGUUCAAGAAGUGGAUUUUCCCGCGGCGAUAUCCAAUUACUAUUUGAGGAUUUACGGUUGUUACGACCUACGGUUUUUCCAUCUGUUCCUCGUUUGUUAAAUCGUCUCUAUGAUAUGGUAACUGCAUCUAUAGAGGCAAGUAGUGGAAUAAAGAAAAGCUUAUUCAAUAAAGCAUUUGCCUCAAAGUUAGCUGACCUUGAGAGAGGUAAUUUUUAUAGCAAUAGCUUUUGGGAUAAAGUUGUGUUCAGAAAAAUCCAGGCAAUUUUAGGUGGAAAUGUUUCUGUCAUUAUUACUGGAGCAGCGCCGAUCGAAGCAAAAGUUUUAAAUUUUUUUAAAGUAGUUUUCGGAUGUUGGGUUAUAGAGGGUUAUGGUCUAACUGAAGGCGCUGGAUCCGCGGCAAUGACUAAUAUGAUGGAUAAAUCCUCGGGUCACGUUGGACCGCCUGUAGCAACCAGUUAUAUCAAGCUGGUUGAUAUACCAGAAAUGGAGUAUUACACGUUCAAAAAUCAAGGCGAAGUAUGUAUUUACGGUACGAAUGUGUUUAAAGGGUACCUAAAAGAACCAAAGAAAACAGCUGAAGUCAUCGAUAAAGAUGGAUGGCUUCACAGCGGUGAUGUUGGAGAGUGGAAGCCGAACGGCACUUUGAAGAUUAUUGGACGAAAAAAGUGUAUCUUCAAAUUAUCACAGGGUGAAUAUGUUGCUCCUGACAAAAUUGAGAACGUUUACAUCAAAAGCCCUUUCGUAGCUCAGGUGUUUGUUCAUGGUUAUAGUCUUAAGUCCUUCAUUGUUGGCAUUGUUGUACCCGACGAGGCUGCCAUGAUAAAGUGGGCCUCGGAAAAUGGUUUAUCGAAAACAUUUCAGGAGUUAUGUGAAGACGAGGAUGUGAAAAACAUGAUUUUGGAAGAUAUCGUUGCCAGAGGAAAGGAAGCAAAGUUGGCAUCAUUUGAACAGGUCAAAAAUAUCCUCUUGCAUUCAGAAUUAUUCAGCGUGGAGAACGGCUUACUCACCCCAACUUUAAAAUCGAAACGUUUCACGUUGCAGAAGAGAUUCGCCGACGAAAUUGAGAAAUUGUACAAGAACCAAGAACAAACAGCGCGUUCUAAACUUUAGUUAAAAACUAGCUACCAACAAAUGAAGUGCAGCUACAUGCUGUACAAGCCGGCGACAGUAGUCGGCGCGCAGUGUAUUGUAUGUCAUACAUAUAGCUAGUAUAUAAAUAGUGCUAUCUGCUAUCCCCCCUAUUACUAUUUAUUUGUUAUAGAUAUUGUUUUACAGAUUGAAGCUGAAGCCUGCUUAUUAAAAUAAAUAUUCAUGAAUCUGUCAAUCUGGGAAUGAGAGCCUUUAAUCCUUUCAGUAAAAGAAAGUAUAAACGAUUUUUUAUUGUCGCGUAUUAAUAGAUCAGUUGUCUCGUCCAGUUGAGUAUACGUAUAUUAAUAACUAUUGACAGAUGUGCGGUAUUUUUUUUCUAAAACCCUAAUAUGGCUUUCAAGUUGGGUUAAUUUCCAUGCAUAUCCACAAUCAAUCCCAAGUUAUUCCCAAAACUAUAUUUUGUCAUAAAAACACUAGUUCAUAUUCAAUUAAAGGAAAACGUACCUAAAUUAAAUGUCGUUAGAUAUUCUAACAACACAAACGAUAUUCUAACAACGAAAAGGCAAACGGCGUUGUUUAAAUACUUCGAAUGUCUGUUUUUGUUCAAGUAAGUUUCAAGAUGGUACUAGACCAACAC